UAUAAAAAUGAAAAAACAACACAGCUCUUUUUAAGAUCCCAUAUAAAGGGAAGCUCGCUAAAUCGCUAGCCCGGGAAAUAAUCUUACCCUAAUCUAACUAUUUCUCAUUCCAAGUUCUGAGGUCAAAGUCCUAAAGAAACCCUAAUUAAUGGCAGGGAUGUACGGCCAAGACGCCGGCGACGGCUAUGGAGGAAGUGGUGGAGGUGGAUAUGGCGGAGGCGGAGGCGGAGGCUAUGGAGGUGGUGGACCUGGAGGAUAUGGAAGUGGAGGUUAUGGAGGAAAGGGCGGUGAUGGCGGUUACGGCAGCGGAGGCAGUCGUGGAGGCGGCGGUCGAGGUGGUGGAGGUUAUGGCGGUGGUGGACGAGGGGGUGGAGGAGGAGGAUAUCAAGGAGAUCGUGGUGGAGGUAGAGGCAGUGGUGGCCGAGGCGGCCGCGGUGGGAGCGGCAGAGAUGGCGAUUGGGUUUGCCCUAAUCAGAGUUGUGGGAACGUAAACUUUGCUAGAAGAGUUGAGUGUAACAAGUGUGGUGCUCCCUCUCCUGCUGGAGCUGGUGGUGACCGUGGUGGCGCUGGUGGUGAUCGUGGUGGUGGUGGGGACCGUGGCGGUGGUGGUUACAAUAGAGGAGGGGGUGGUGGCGGAUAUGGUGGAAGCCGUGGUGGCAGAGGUGGUGGUUAUGAUGGGGGUAGGAGUGGUAAUUACGAUGGAGGUAGAAGUGGUAAUUAUGAUGGGGGUAAAGGAAGUAGUUAUGAUGGUACUAGAGGUGGAGGCAGUAGAGGAGGUUCCUAUGGUGGUAGCCAAGGCAGAGAAGAUAGUGGAUAUAACCAGGUUCCUCCUGCGGCACCCCCAUCGUAUGGUGGGAGUGGGACAGGUGGGAGUUAUCCUCCAUCCUACAAUAGUUAUGGGGGAAAUGCCAAUUAUGGAACAGAUGCAGUCCCUCCUCCGACAAGCUAUACUGGGGGACCUACCUCAUAUCCUCCAUCUUAUGGUGGUAAUGCCAGUGGUUAUGGUGGUGAUAGUCUAGGUGAUGCAAGGGGUGGUGGCCGUGGUCCUUCGGGUGGUCACAAUGGUGGUGGGUAUGGUGCUGGUAAUCGUGGUGGUUAUGGCUCUGCUCCUGCAGAAACCCCCGCUAAGGUGAAACAGUGUGAUGACAACUGUGGGGAUACAUGUGACAAUUCUAGAAUAUACAUUUCAAAUUUGCCACCAGAUGUUACAAUUGAAGAACUGAGAGAACUUUUUGGGGGCAUUGGACAAGUGGGAAGAAUCAAGCAAAAACGUGGUUAUAAGGAUCAGUGGCCUUGGAAUAUCAAAAUCUACACAGAUGACGCGGGAAACAACAAAGGAGAUGCUUGUUUGGCCUACGAGGAUCCAUCUGCUGCACAUUCUGCUGGCGGCUUCUACAACAAUUAUGAUCUAAGAGGAUUUAAAAUCAGUGUUGCAAUGGCAGAGAGGUCGGCGCCAAAGCCUGCAUUUGACCAUGGCAGUGGUGGUGGUGGUGGUGGUGGUAGAGGUGGAUAUGGGGGCGGAGACAGGCGCAGGGAUAAUUACAGAGAUGGAGGUUCUGGGCCAGAUAGGCAUCAGCAUGGUGGAAAUCGCUCACGGCCUUACUAAGGAUACUUACCCAUCCAGCAUUUUAUGUAAUGAGAAUUAUGGACUGAGGGAUUUUAUAAUAUUUCAUUGGAGGGGUGCUUGAACUGGAGAUUAAGAGGUAGGUUGUUCACUUGCCUCUUAGUAACCUGAUGCUCCUCUCUUACUUUAUCUGCCGCUACUUGGAGGGGUUCCAAUACUAGUCAUGGGAUUGAUUUAAUUGUGUGAAUGUUUUUAUAGAGGCAAGUGGAUAAUCUCCAAAAUGCUUGCUGCUAAGGUAGGUUGAUAUUUUCAGGUGAGUGCAGCUCCUCCUUUAUCACUAUUAUUCAUAUUGUUGGUAUGUUGCAAGUCUUCCUAGGAAAUUGUUCAACUUUUGCACCAUAUGGAUUUGCUUGCAUCUGAACAUUGUUACAUGUGUUACCGAGACACAGACACAAGCACGUAGACAGUUAUUUGGAUGCAUGACUGAUUACAAUUUUCAUUCAUGGAUUUUCUGAUUAAAUGAUGAAAUAUUCAACUCAUAAGUUUGGUCUUUGGGUCAUCGUUUUGCUUUAGUAGGACUGGCAAAUGCCGCAUCUGCUUUCUUGGCUAUAGAUUUUGUUUUUUCUUUACCCUCUCUACACAAAGCUCUCUUUCAAUAAUCAGCUGGCUCUAGUUCAGAAAAUAUCAUCAACAAUGGGUUUGGUUUCAAAUUGGCAAGUGUAGUAAGAACCAGAAUUGCAAUUCUUCAAGUAUUUUUUUAAGACACUUAGUAGUAGAAACUGGUGCCUGGUGUGGUGUUUAAGAAAUUAGUGUUACGGAUGCGACUUUGCUGCCAAAUUAUUGAGGUGUGCUCUCAUCGCCCUCUGCUCUUCGCUGGCUACUUGGUGGCACUGUGGAAGUUGCUCUCUUGUUGAUGCAAAUUACUUGUUAGGUAUCUGGUCUCCUAAAUUUACAAGUAAAAACUAAACACAUGACUUGUCAAUCUUGUACUUUGUAUUAGGUUUUAUCGGUAUUUGGUAGGGGUUUCUCUUUAGAUGGGAGUGAAUAUUGUACCAGUAAACUGGUCCUCUGAACAGUCUCUGUCGUCUCAUUUAAGAUUUAUGUGUUUUAUUUGCCUUGGCUUGCACUAAGCCAUUUUGGA